AUGGGACACGGAGCCACGGGUGCGUCCUCAGGUACACGGGCCCAUGGGACACGGAGCCACAGGUCCCACCUCAGGUACACGGGCCCAUGGGACACGGAGCCACGGGUCCCACCUCAGGUACACGGGCCCAUGGGACACGGAGCCACAGGUCCCACCUCAGAUACACGGGCCCAUGGGACACGGAGCCACAGGUUCGUCCUCAGGUACACGGGCCCAUGGGACACGGAGCCACAGGUGCGUCCUCAGGUACAUGGGCCCACGGGACACGGAGCCACAGGUCUGUCCUCAGGUACACGGGCCCAUGGGACACGGAGCCACAGGUGCGUCCUCAGGUACAUGGGCCCACGGGACACGGAGCCACAGGUGCGUCCUCAGGUACAUGGGCCCAUGGGACACGGAGCCACAGGUCUGUCCUCAGGUACACGGGCCCAUGGGACACGGAGCCACAGGUCCGUCCUCAGGUACACGAGCCCAUGGGACACGGAGCCACAGGUCCCACCUCAGGUACACGGGCCCAUGGGACACGGAGCCACAGGUCCGUCCUCAGGUACACGGGCCCAUGGGACACGGAGCCACAGGUCCGUCCUCAGGUACACGGGCCCAUGGGACACGGAGCCACAGGUCCCACCUCAGGUACACGGGCCCAUGGGACACGGAGCCACGGGUGCGUCCUCAGGUACACGGGCCCAUGGGACACGGAGCCACGGGUGCGUCCUCAGGUACACGGGCCCAUGGGACACGGAGCCACAGGUCUGUCCUCAGGUACACGGGCCCAUGGGACAUGGAGCCACGGGUCUGUCCUCAGGUACACGGGCCCAUGGGACACGGAGCCACAGGUCCCACCUCAGGUACACGGGCCCAUGGGACACGGAGCCACGGGUCCCACCUCAGGUACACGGGCCCAUGGGACACGGAGCCACAGGUCCCACCUCAGAUACACGGGCCCAUGGGACACGGAGCCACAGGUUCGUCCUCAGGUACACGGGCCCAUGGGACACGGAGCCACAGGUGCGUCCUCAGGUACAUGGGCCCACGGGACACGGAGCCACAGGUCUGUCCUCAGGUACACGGGCCCAUGGGACACGGAGCCACAGGUGCGUCCUCAGGUACAUGGGCCCACGGGACACGGAGCCACAGGUGCGUCCUCAGGUACAUGGGCCCAUGGGACACGGAGCCACAGGUCUGUCCUCAGGUACACGGGCCCAUGGGACACGGAGCCACAGGUCCGUCCUCAGGUACACGAGCCCAUGGGACACGGAGCCACAGGUCCCACCUCAGGUACACGGGCCCAUGGGACACGGAGCCACAGGUCCGUCCUCAGGUACACGGGCCCAUGGGACACGGAGCCACAGGUCCGUCCUCAGGUACACGGGCCCAUGGGACACGGAGCCACAGGUCCCACCUCAGGUACACGGGCCCAUGGGACACGGAGCCACGGGUGCGUCCUCAGGUACACGGGCCCAUGGGACACGGAGCCACGGGUGCGUCCUCAGGUACACGGGCCCAUGGGACACGGAGCCACAGGUCUGUCCUCAGGUACACGGGCCCAUGGGACAUGGAGCCACGGGUCUGUCCUCAGGUACACGGGCCCAUGGGACACGGAGCCACAGGUCCCACCUCAGGUACACGGGCCCAUGGGACACGGAGCCACGGGUCCCACCUCAGGUACAUGGGCCCAUGGGACACGGAGCCACAGGUCUGUCCUCAGGUACACGGGCCCAUGGGACACGGAGCCACAGGUACAUGGGCCCAUGGGACACGGAGCCACAGGUCCCACCUCAGGUACAUGGGCCCAUGGGACAUGGAGCCACAGGUCCGUCCUCAGGUACACGGGCCCAUGGGACACGGAGCCACAGGUCUGUCCUCAGGUACACGGGCCCAUGGGACACGGAGCCACGGGUCCCACCUCAGGUACACGGGCCCAUGGGACACAGAGCCACAGGUCCCACCUCAGGUACACGGGCCCAUGGGACACGGAGCCACAUGUCUGUCCUCAGGUACAUGGGCCCAUGGGACACGGAGCCACAGGUCCCACCUCAGGUACAUGGGCCCAUGGGACAUGGAGCCACAGGUCCGUCCUCAGGUACACGGGCCCAUGGGACACGGAGCCACAGGUCUGUCCUCAGGUACACGGGCCCAUGGGACACGGAGCCACAGGUCCCACCUCAGGUACACGGGCCCAUGGGACACGGAGCCACAGGUCCCACCUCAGGUACACGGGCCCAUGGGACAUGGAGCCACAGGUCUGUCCUCAGGUACACGGGCCCAUGGGACACGGAGCCACAGGUCCCACCUCAGGUACAUGGGCCCAUGGGACAUGGAGCCACAGGUCCGUCCUCAGGUACACGGGCCCAUGGGACACGGAGCCACAGGUCUGUCCUCAGGUACACGGGCCCAUGGGACACGGAGCCACGGGUCCCACCUCAGGUACACGGGCCCAUGGGACACAGAGCCACAGGUCCCACCUCAGGUACACGGGCCCAUGGGACACGGAGCCACAUGUCUGUCCUCAGGUACAUGGGCCCAUGGGACACGGAGCCACAGGUCCCACCUCAGGUACAUGGGCCCAUGGGACAUGGAGCCACAGGUCCGUCCUCAGGUACACGGGCCCAUGGGACACGGAGCCACAGGUCUGUCCUCAGGUACACGGGCCCAUGGGACACGGAGCCACAGGUCCCACCUCAGCUCAGAGAUCAUCAGCCUUGCCUAGAAGGGGAAAAACAACAACCAAAGGUCUGUGGGAAGGACUCAGGAAGUGCCCCAGCACUCCGCAGUGAGAUACAUGAAGGAGAACUGAGCCCCCGGAGCCUCUGCGGGCAGACGCACAAGGAAGUAAAGGGCUUGACCUUCAGGGAGGAGGUGGAUUGGCCAGAACUUGUGAAGUCUGGACGGGGAGAGGCUGGCAGAGCUGGGAGGGCACGGGUGCCCCUGCCAUCCGGAGCCGCAUGGACGCGAGGGCCCCUCCAGGUCCUGCAGUUGGGGGCAAGAUCAAAGACCCAACUUCUAGCCACUGUACCCCCCACCGAGGGGUCCCCAUCCCUCCGCUCGUUAGAUAAGGGCAUCGUCUCCAGGGCCCACUAG